GCCGUUCUCCUGACUAGGGCAUUAUAUGUAUAUGCGUCUCUUACUAUCGAUACUAUCGAUCACUAAUACUAGAUCAUCCCGAAUGUUGUUAGAAGGUGGAAGAGAUUGUUACCUCCUUCCGUGGAUGUUCUCUUGGUGUCAUAAAGAAUCAUUUUUCGAGAUUUUACCGGACCAUCAUGGGGACAUUUACGAAAGGAAAGAGAUGGACAAUACUUUACUUUUCAUCUCAUUUACCCACACUGUCGAGCAUGUGUUCCAUAGCUGACGAUUUAUAUAUAGCAUAGCUUACGUAACACAAACUUAAACAACCCCUCCCAUCUAUAUUACAGAUCGUUUAAGGCUCUGUAAAAAAUAGCAAAAUAAAACUAAGAAUAAAGUUUUAAUUUCCCUUUUUAAAUUCGAAAUUAUAGUACUGCUGUUACUUUGUAAUAAACCCAAUGAAACGUACACGCAAAUAACGCACGAUUGUUUAUAACGAUUUUAAAACAUUGCUCGAUUAAAUACAUAAAUACACUCACACACUAUGUGCUUCGGAAGGUGAUAAGAAUGUUGUACGGUGAUACGAACAUGAACGAUUGUGCGCGUGUGAUCUUCAGCUAGGCGGAUCAUCAAUUCGUUCACGCAACUGGCGUAAAAAAUGUCAAACACAAAAAUGACAAGUGCAGCUCGCAACCAGCCAAGAUGAGCUCAUACUGGUGGUACAUUUACCUUAUAGCGCUAAGUCUGCUGGCCUGGUUGGUGGACAGUCGGCGGGAGGCCAAGUUUAACUGCACGCUCACCGCCAACUACUACGACUGUCUGUUCCGGGACGUGAUCAUACGUAGCGAAACCGAUGCGGACAGCAUCUUUUUCGGGGUGCAAAACUUUAACGACACCAGCAUCGCGUUCCGCGACUCAUCGAUGGUGGUGCUGCCGAAGAAAAUUUUCGAAACAUUUCCAGCCAUACAGUAUCUGUUGAGUGAUGCCUGCCACAUCCAGAAGCUGCUCGGUGGUACGUUUGCGAAUGCGCAACGUCUGCAGGAACUGCAUUUGUUCGAUAAUCGGCUCACCAGGCUGAACAACUUCGUGUUUAACGGUGCACUGCAGUUGCAGAUACUGUCGCUGUACAACAACACGAUAAAGCAGCUGGAGGAGCACGCGUUCGAUGGGCUGGGCCAUCUGCGGAUGCUCUACAUGGACGAGAACCAGCUCGAGAAGCUGCCGGAAGGUAUAUUUUCCGGGCUGGAAGAGCUGGAGAUACUCGAGCUACAGCACAACCGUAUCAAGGAGAUCAAUGACGAUCAGUUCCUGCUGUGUCCGAUGUUGCGCGAGCUUAACCUUAGCGCGAAUAUGAUCAACACGUUCAACAUGUCCCAGCUGCAAACGCUCAACAAGCUCGAAACGCUCGACAUUGCCCGUAACUAUCUGGACGAGGUGUUCGUCACGAAGUAUCUGCGCACGCUGAACGCACAGGAGAAUCAGAUCAGCCGCAUCCUGAUGGAUCAGGGUGAUUUUUUCCAACUAACACAUCUGAACCUGUCCCGCAACAAUAUAGCCAAUAUCAAUAACAUUUUCAAGUUUCGCAAUCUGAUCGAGCUGGACGUAUCGUACAACGAGCUGGUAAUGCUCGAUUUCGUCAUCUUCGCGUUCAUGAAGAAUCUGAAAGAUAUCAAGCUAAACAACAACCGGCUGUGGAUACUGGAUAAUGGGAUACCAUCGCCUGCCAAGUCACUGCGCAGUUUAAAUCUGGCGCACAACAAAUUUCUCUACCUCGAUCUUGCCGUACUGGACACAUUCCCUGCCCUCGAGUACAUCUAUCUGCACGGGAACGAUCUGAUCGAUAUGCAGAUUGGAGAUAUUGAUCAAAAUUUCCCAUAUCUGACACUGAUUUCCUGUGACAACAAUGACUGGGACUGUAUUAAUCUGAUGCACAUCGUAACGCUGCUGGAACGGGCGUACGUGAAAUGGUCGAACCGGAACAGGAACUGUACCCAGCCGGAACAGCAUCGGCACAUCUGCUGCACCUCCGCUGAACAUCAUCUGCGCGAGAAGAUUGUACGGUUGACACGCGAGAUAUACCGAUCGCGCAAAAUGAUCAAGCAGCUGAUCAUGGAGAAUGCGGAACUGCGCAGCGAGGUCGAGAUGCAGUAUCUGCCUAGUGAUGGUACAUUACGAUACCCAUGGUCGAUUGGAGUGGACGCGCGUGUAAAGAUGCAACCGAUCGGUGGCCGUAAGUUGCUCGAUUUGCGACAUUGGGUACCACUGGUGGUGCUAGUGUUCGGUACCAAGCUAGCCCUGGAAGCGACCGGUGAGAUUGUGAUUUGUAACUACGAAAAGUUCCACCUGUUCGACAACAUGUACCGACCGCGGACGGACAACUUCUGUGUGUUUAAUGACGUGUAUCUUGGGAGUGAUGUGAAGGGAGCGGACUUUCUGGCGAGCAGCCUCGAUUACAAGCGUGUCGCGUUUGCGAACUCCAAGUUCCCGCAGGUGCCACCGUCGCUGUUUAAAAACUUCGAUGACAUCCGGGAGCUGUACGUGCGCCGGUGCUCGGUUGAGUUGCUGAAGAUAACGCGUCUGCUCGAGAAGGUGUAUGCGGGCGGUAAUCGUAUCGCCAGUGUCCAGCUGGAUGGUAACGCAUCGAACAGUUUGCGUGAGCUGUACCUCGAUGGCAAUAGACUGCAGGGGUUAGCUAACCUUACGAACCUCCCCGCCCUGGAGGUGCUAGUGCUGGAAAACAAUCCGCUGCUGGGCAAUGUGGAUUUCGCACAGUUCGGACGUAUGGAGCGACUGUGGAAGCUCGAUCUGGAGCGGAUCGGUAUGAGCCGCAUCAGCAAUGGAUUGAAGCGACCACUGACCGAGCUGCGACGACUCGAUCUCUCCAACAAUGCGCUGACGUACGUGCAUGUGCGCAUGUUCCGUACCUUUCCGAAGCUUGAACAUCUCUGGCUGCACGAUAACAGGCUGUACUUUAUGGAGGCGGAUCAGAUCCGUACGCUCAUGCCCACCAUCCGGAGCAUCGUGAUCGAUGACAAUCUGUGGGGCUGUGGCCAUCUGGCAGUGCUGGGGAAACAGUUGCGCGACCAUGGUAUCAUCAUCCGCCAUAGCAACUGUCGCACCGAUCGUGCCAUCCAUCGGGUAUGCUGUUCGGACGAAACGGAUAUUGUCGAUACGCGCUAUCUGAUCGAAAUGGGCAUCCGGCAGGAAACACGUGUUCAGCAGGAUGUACGAGAGUUACGGGCAGAAAACGAUUUCCUUCGACGGGAUUUGGAGCGUUUGAAAGGGCAGCUCGGUGAGCUGAUGACGAAUCUUACACGACCGAUCCAACCAACGGCACAUGCGGAAGUGCAAAGGAAUCCUGCCGAAUCUGACGAACAGCCGGAAAGUAAUGCAACUUCAUCCUUCGAGGAGUACGAAGAUGAUGGGAAUGAAAAGUGAAGCAAAUAAUGUACAAAAGGUAGCGUUAAGAAACGAUGUGUACGAUUAUUUAUUUCUUAUUGUUAAGCGCAAACGCGAUAUAG